UGGAGCAUGUGGGGGUGUGUAUUGAAAGAGAAAGACAGAGCGAGAGAGAGAGACUUGCAGGCGACUUGUUUGCUGAGGAUAUUGGAUUUCUCUAUUCAUCGUCGUUAGUUCUUUCUCCUCUCUUCCAGCUCUCAGAGGACGUCUGAUGUGCUGUCAAUCGCCGUUGUAGCCUCUCACUCUCGUUUUGUCUGGCCGUGGACACCGACUGGACAGCCGUGAUCUGUUCGAAACGGGGCCGGUACAUUACCACACCUUUAUUGUGCGUUGAAGCCACUAUCUGAAUAGUGAAGGGACUACCCGCGAACCGAAUAAUUCCUGAAUGGUUCAGUUGGGACUGUUUUUUACGAGUAUUUUUGUUCGUAUUUUUAGGUUCGGCAUGUUCCUCCAGAAUAAGUGUGUUUUAGAAGAUCAAGACAAGUGAAUGGCUAUACCAAUAUCAGUGCUACUGUAAACCAAGUCAUAGCCCAGAGUAGACCCUAACAUCAUUCGAUUGUGGCUUUCUUGGACCUUACUUUUGUGAGUGGAUUGUGGGAUAAUAUAUUUUUUCCCCCACGGAUCUUUGGGAUUAGCAGAACUGUUGAAUUGAUAUAGGCUAAUACACGUAAUACCAAGAAGAAACAUGGGGAAGAGUGUCUAGUAUCGCCAGGAGAGGAAUGCCCCAGACUGUGUGCCCAGCAGCAGGCACCAUGUUUACCCCCAGUGGCUUCAGCCCCCACCUGGCCUCCACCUGCUCUGAGGCUGACCCGGUGAUCGAGGAUGAAGGGGGCCCUCAGGAGGCCCGGGGGCCUGGGGCUUGCCUGGCCGAAGGACCCCCCAUCACCUCCGCCUCCCUGGACACUCUCAUCCAGCACCUUGUGCCCACCACAGACUACUACCCAGAGAAAGCCUAUGUGUUUACGUUCCUGCUGAGUGCUCGUCUGUUCAUCUCUCCUGCUGAACUACUGGCCAGACUCUGUGAGACCUGCAUCAAACAACAGCAGCUGGACCAGAGUCCACUGGACAUGGCUAAAGUGAGGAAGUUUGGUCCCAAGAUCCUGCAGCUGCUGACAGAGUGGACAGAGACGUUCCCCACAGACUUCCGAGAGGAGAAGAUGGUGGGCCUGUUCAAAGACAUUAUCCACAGGAUAGCACCCUGUGAUGAGGCGUACUGGAAGACACUGAAUCAGGUGCUGCAGACCCUGAGCCAGAAGCUGGCAGCCAUCGCCCAGGGAGAGGAGUGCAUCGUCAAAGUGAACGCCUCCUCAGUCUCCUCAAUCUCUGACAAGCUGGUGGCCUUCAAGACCAAGUCUCCACCCAUCCAGAAGGAAAUGCUGUCUAUCUGCAACGACCCUUACACACUUGCACAGCAACUCACCCAUAUAGAACUGGAACAUCUGAGUCACAUCGGCCCUGAAGAGUUUGUACAAGCCUUUGUUCAGAAAGACAAACUGGUUAGCACUCAGCCGUGUUUCAGUGAGCAGAAGAAGAAGACCACUAACUUGGAGGCUUAUGUCAGGUGGUUCAACAGGCUGUGCUACCUGGUGGCCACUGAGAUCUGCAUGCCUGCUAAGAAGAAGCAGAGAGCCCAGGUGAUUGAGUUCUUCAUCGAUGUGGCCAGAGAGUGUUUCAACAUCGGCAACUUCAACUCCCUCAUGGCCAUCAUCUCUGGUAUGAAUAUGAGUCCUGUGUCUCGGCUGAAGAAGACCUGGGGGAAAGCCAAGACUGCCAAGUUCUUCAUUCUGGAGCAUCAGAUGGACCCUACUGGAAACUUCUACAACUACAGAACAGCACUAAGGGGAGCUGCCCACAGGUCCCAGACUGCUAAUAGCAACAGGGAGAAGAUUGUGAUUCCCUUCUUUAGCCUACUGAUCAAAGAUAUCUACUUCCUGAAUGAGGGAUGUGCCAACCGCUUGCCCAAUGGCCAUGUCCAUUUUGCGAAAUUUGUGGAGUUGGCUCGUCAGGUGGGAGAGUUUAUGACGUGGAAACAGAUGGAGUGUCCGUUUGAGACAGACAGGAGCAUCCUACACUACCUCCACACUGCUCCCAUCUUCAGUGAGGACGGACUCUAUCUGGCAUCCUAUGAGAGUGAGAGUCCAGAGAACCAGGUGGAGAAGGACAGAUGGAAAGCACUCAGAUCUAAUAUUCUGGGGAAGACAAAAGAGUUAAAAGAGCUAAGAGAGCACCAUGGCAGCUAACCCCCAGGCCAGCCCAGUGAGGGAGGGAGUCGGUGUACUGCACUACAACAAACUGUGAAAGAGCCUAGCUGGUACUUAGGUGUUUUUCUACACAUGAAGAAUAGAAACGAGGAAACAAUCAUGAUGAACAGGAUUCAUCACCAACAUGACCAGUAAAAAAACAAGAAAAGAAGAACAAACGUCAACAAGCGGUGAAAAGUGAAGCUAUCAUGGACACUGACUGGAGUAUAAGGCCAUUACUUUUGGUCGGACUAUUGUACAUUGGCUACAUUGGGUACUGUAUGUUAGUGAGGGAUAGAUCUAUCCCUCCAUCUUGUUGCAUAUUUACUCUUUGGGCUCAUGUUUGCUACCGGAGUGUUCAGUUACAGUGACAGGGAAAUCUACUGCUUUUUGAAAUGAAAUUCCUACUGAAAUUGUUGUUAUAUUAUUCUAUUUCUCGAUCCUUUCCUUCACUCCCCCACUUCCUCACUCCCAUCCUCUCUCACACAUACACCCUAUUUGUGUUGUGUACGUUUUCUAUUGUACUGUAAGAAUCUGGUUAAAAGUAAGAGUUACAAUGAUGUGAAGGGCACUGGCUUGCCCACUUACUGGCUUGCCCACUUGUGUUUGGUCCUCUAAAGACUACUAAUGAUGACUACUACUGAGUACUUGCAAUGACUGGAGAGGCCUACAGCAUUAUAUCAUUCCACAUACAGUACAUAAAUACAUAGACUGCAUAGUGUUUGUCUGCAGGGCUGGCUACAGGCAUAAGCGGACGCUUAGGACACGCGGUCGCUAGGGGGCCCCCGGCCAAAACAUUUUUGAUAAUUUAUUUUGGAACUCCAUCGGGGUCUCAACUUUCUAUUGAGUGUUAAACUAGUAUAGUACACCAGGUGCAAUUUAGAAAUGUGGUUGUGCAUCGACAGUGUUUCUCUUGUUAUGUCAGUCACUCAAUUACCUGACAAUUAGCCAUGCCAAUGUUUUGAUUGGUAGUAAGUCUAGCCAGCUAUCUAAACUUGUAAUAAUCAUGGCUGAAUAAUGGCCGAGCAUGUGCCCAGAGGCCCUGAUCUCCAGGGGACCUCCACUGAUUUUGUUAGUCAUUAUCACUCAGAUAUCAUAUUAACAUGUCAUAAGUCAUGGCAAAAUAUGUAGAAUUGCAGUAAAUUUGCUUUAAAACUGCUAACCUUUCUCUCCACCCCAUUGGAAAAUGGGUAGAAUUGCAUGAAAUUAGGUAUAAACUGUAAAUGUUUUCACUGCCCAUGGCAAAAUGAGUAUAAUUGCAUUACAUGUGUUGUAAAAUUGCACAAUUGUCUCUCCGCCCCAUGGUAAAAUGUGCAUAAUUGCAGGAAAUGAACUUCAAAAGCAGACAUUUUCUCUCUGCCAUCAAGAAGGGAGCCACUAAAAUGUUUUGCCUCUCUCUUAGGGCCCCCAAAAGGCUAGAUUCAGUCAUGUGUGUGUGUGUGUGUGUGUGUGUUUGUGUGUGUGUGUGUGUGUGUGUGUGUGUAUAAUUCCCUCAUCUCAUUACAUGAGUUGUCAACUAUUGUGAAAUCAACAAAACAUGUCACCAGGUCAUUGGAUUUAGGUUAAAAGUUAAGUGAGAGAAAAAACGAAAUGUCCUGACGUUGAUUAAAUCCAAUGAGUUUUCCACGUUGAUUCAACAUCAUCACAUAGAUUUAAGACGUGUAAACAAUGUUGAUUCGACCAGUUUUUGCACAGUGGGCAGGGUAUUCUCAUCACCAUGUAUUAAUCUACUGUACCUGUACAUUUUAGGAUUGGGGGGCUUGGGAUAUCAGUGUUGUUUACUCCUAUGUGAAAAUGAAUUGUGCCAUGAAAAACGACAGCAAAACAAUCAAUCAUGUCCAGAGCCAGGCCUGUGUAUAGAUUGUGUAUAUAUGACUACUUUUCCCAUGUAGCCCCUGCCAUCUUUCUGCUCUCCAGGAAGUAGUCUCUCUCUGACUGAUGUUCAGUUGUCUGAUAUUUAUUGAGAUUUCUGUAAUGACAGAUGUAUAUGGUUUUGUUUUGUUAUUAUUUUAUUGUAUUCCUCUAUUGAAAACAAAGUCUUCUAAAUGGCAUGCUAAAGACAGUGUUUUAAAGGGGCAUUAUAUGUAGGGUUCCACCAAUGAAAUACUGAAGGGAUUUGAGACCCCUUUGGAAUAUGAGCUAUGUGAUUCCAUGUUUUUAAGAGACAGUUUUGAUUCAUUUUCAUAUGAUUGAGUUUCAAGUGAUGCAUUUAUAGCCCUUUUCUUCAUUAAACAACAAUCUCUCGCUCACUCCUCUCUCUCUCUCUCUCUCUCUCUCAAAACAGUUUUGAAAUAGUCAUUUAACUCUUCCCCUACCCAGUUGCCUACACCCAUGUCAUGCCACACUGUGUGCUGUCCUGUAGGAUCAGGAGUUUUCCAAGGUAGUUUUUUUCAGUGCAGUGUUUUCAGUGAAGUGUGUGUGCGUGUGACACCCUGAAGCAGGCAGAUCAAUGAUACCAUUUUAUUUACUGGCCAGUUUACAAGAUUCUGACUGAAAUAAAUGGCUUUUAAUAAAAAUGUAA